AUGCAGAGAGACACAGGAAUGGCUGAGGCCUGGUGGUCUAACAUGUCUGCGCCCUCAUACGACGCCACUGUAGAAUACCCGAGCCCUAAUAGGAAGAAGACUGGUACAACAGAACAGGCUUUGUUGACCAAUCACAAGCCAGAACCACAUGUCAGACACCUUCCAUCCGAGUCCGCCGCGCUGGUCACGCCGCUCACCAUAUACUAUACCGCGGUCUUGCAUUUCAGUAAAGUAGUCUUAUUUCUUGUAGAAUGCCCAGGGGCUGUUUUGGACCUUACUUUGUUGAGUUCUUUGGAUUUGAUUUCGAACUGCACAAUCAUUAAUGGAAAUCUCGUAAUCAUCGGUUUAUCAAACACUCAGUGCGGCGCCAAUGGCCUCAGCCUGCCUCGACUCCUUCAAGUUCUUGGCUCUGUUACUGUCGAAUACUCCAGCUGCACUAGCGAUCUUUCCAACUUUCUCCCAAAUUUAGUCGCUAUUCACGGCAUCUCACUUUUUACACCUCCAGUUUCAAUCGCAGGAAAGGCCACUCUCGCUCCUUAUUCCCUCCUUAUACAUCACACUGCCCUCUCUGGUAUUGGUCUAAAAUGUCUUCGUGUACUUGGUGAAACUGGUGUUCAAUUGUUGGAUAAUCCUCAAAUGUGUUACGUGGAUACGGUUGGCUGGCACUUAUUGACUCCUUUCGUGUCCCCUUGGAAAAUACACACAUUCAAUGAUAGUUUAGAAAGGCGAAGUGGAAGCAGCGUUUAUGGACAAGAUUUACUGCGAAAAGUAGGCCUGUAUGAUUUAUGUGCAAAUGCCUGUCCUCCCAAAUGUAAUCGAGUUACCGUCGACAACCUGCCUAGGUCGUUUUGCUGGUCUCAAGACGAAUGCCAAUAUAUUUGUGCUGCGAAGUGCCGGGAGGCAUCUUUGAGUUGCUCAGUUCAGAAUGCUAGUCAAUGUUGCCAUCCAACAUGCUUGGGUGGCUGUACCGGCCCAGCAGCAAAUGAUUGCCUUGUCUGUCGUAACUUCCGUCUUAAUAAUAUGUGCAUAUCCUCCUGUCCCAAUGGCUUCUACGAGCUUUUUGGACGGUACUGUGUGUCUCGUGAGACCUGCCUUUUCAAACCCAUCCCGAAGGAUCUUCUGCUCAGUCUUGAGAGCACUCGGCUGUCGGACUCUUUGCCGGUAAACUUUUCUAUUCAAGGGAACGCGUGCGUUCCAAUUUGCGCCAAAGGCUUUCGGCGCUCUUCGUCUGGGGAGUGUCUCCCAUGUGAUGUCGAAUGUGAUAGCAAAUGGAAAAAAGAAUGUGGUGACAUUGUUAUCUACCAACAAGCUGACCUUGCCUCCGUCAAGCACUGUGUCAGCGCACGGUCUGUUCUCAUUAGUAUCAGAACUGGCCAAGACGACCUCUCCACCGCCCUGGCUGAUGCAUUUUCCAGUCUUCGAGUUAUUUACCGCUCUCUGCGAGUCAUACGUUCAGAUGCCCUACUUUCCCUCUCUUUCCUGCAUCAUCUGACUGCUAUCCACGGCAAAGAGGCUCUACCCGUCGAUGAGAAAGGUGCAUCUAGCGAGUUCUCGCCUGAGAUCACCGCCUUAGAGAUAACUUGGAAUGCGAACCUUGAAGAUUUAUGGUCCCUACCUUCAGGUGCCCGCAAAUUGCAGAUUAACUCGGGCAGUGUCGAGUUUAGCGUGAACAAUCGACUUUGUCCCGAGAAGAUCCAGAGUUUUCUCGGCAACCGAGUUGUAUUUACAACCGGGCGAGAUCUAACUCCAUCAGAACUUGACUUAAUCAAUACUUCGAAUGGAGAAUAUGCUUUAUGCAACGCAAAGCCUUUAAAUGUUACAAUAACCGACGUAUUGCAAAAUAGUAUAACCCUUCGAAUGAAUCGAAUGGCUUGGAAUGAUCCCAGGCAAAUUCUCCCUGCAAUUAUCUCCUACGGCAGGAGGGAGAAUCGUAACUUACUUUCCGAGACAUCAGAUCGCACCUUUUGCGACAGCACAUGGAAUGAGGUCGAACUGAGUUGUUCACUUCCCCCAUCAUCUAAUAAUCUCACCCCGUCGAUGUCCAUUGGGAGCAGCCAUGGCGACGAGAUUUUGACCUGUCAGCUAGAUAAUCUCGCUCCCGCAACCUCGUAUUCCGCCUUCAUAACCAUCGCAACGCUGAGCAAACAUGAGGGCGCACAAAGUCGUCGUUUCCAAUUCACCACAAAACCUGCAACCCCAUCGACCCCGACUUCUCUGCGUGCUCUAUCAGCUGGUCCGACAAGCAUCCAGUUGCACUGGGAUCCUCCGAGUCGGCCAAAUGGGAAGAUUGCAGAGUAUCGCAUUCGAUAUACGCAAAUGAAAUUGGAGAAAAAUGACUUCCUUUCGAGGGAUGCGUGCUACAGUAUUCCAUUCCAGCCACAAACAUACGCAUCGCCGACGUCGGUAGAGUCCUCUGGUAAAAGUUCAUCAUCGCGAUCAUCUGUUGAUCGUCAAGAUGUUUCUUUGGAUACGGCCGAGAACAACGACGAUGUCGGCGGCGGCAGUACCCCAUCCUCAACGAAAGGACUCAAACGGCUGGAAAUCAAUAUGGAAGAAUUGCAGCGUCGUGAGAUGAUACGGUUUGAGGACGAGCUACACAAGAUUAUUCUCAUUCCUCGGGUAAUCAGAAAGCGGAAACUGCUCUCAUCGGCCUACUCAUCGUUUUACCUCCUUGAUACGAUUUCCUCUCCUUCAUCCAUUCUUGUUUUAGUUCGAAGACGUCGAAACGUUGGUGCGACAAACUUUACUUUACCCCAAAAGACUGUACGCGUCCCAGCUACUCCUGACAUGAAUGGAGAGUCGACUGCAUCUAACAAAUUAGGUUUUCUGGUGACCGGAUUAGAACAUUUCACCGAGUACCUUUUCCUCAUUUCCGCUUGCCAUGAACCCCAUGAUGAAUUGGGAAACCCAUUGCAUUGUGUCGGCGAUGAUUGUGACCCCGAUUUAGACGCUGGUUGUAGUCAGCCAGUUCGCAUCUCCCAACGCACCCAAGCAGUGCCCCAUGCCGAUGAAGUGCCCUCAACCAGUCUUUACGCACUAACUCCUCCCUUUCCCACCAAUGGCCAAUCAUCUGAACGGCUCUCUGACGCUCUUGCUAACCUUUCACAACUUUCCCAAUCGUCUAAUUCUGUAUUCCCAGAUAUUCACCAAGGGGAAUCAGCCAAGACUGUCAAACUUUUCUGGAAUGAACCUUGUAGUCCAAACGGCCUCAUUCUGUACUACUGGCUGCAGUACAGACGAAUGGAGGAUGUCAAUAAAAAUGCGUCCUUGUCGCUGCCGUGGUUCACUAUUUGCGUGGCACCUAGGUACCUAGAGGGCGAUUCGGUAAAUGCUGCAUUUGCACGUUUUGGUUCUAAUCAUUCUCACCCGGAGCCCUAUCCACACUCAAACAAUUCUCGAACUGUAUUCACCGAGCUGGGCUUUCUUCGUGCCGGCUACUACGAAUGGCAAGUAAUGGCGGUUUCGCUUGCUGGCAACGGAUCGUGGACACAAUCCCACUUCUUUAAUGUACACACCACCAGCAGUAUGCAGCCCUCCCAUGUAGCUGCGGUACUGUUGGUUACUCUACUUGCUCUGGGCCUCGUUGUUGGAUUUGCGAUUUGGUUCGACCAUCGUAACAGAAAGUGA